AACUGGGAUCUCGGUAACGGGACUAGUUCAAUAACGAUUUCCUGUAGUGUCAAAACAACAGACGUUCACUGUAGUGACAGAUGACAUAAUUUAAUAUAUAGUAUUGUAGGAAUGGUAAGCAGUUGGCUUUAAUAUUACACCCCACUAAGUAGCUAUCAUAUACAUAAAGAUGUCGCAACCAAUGGUAAGUAAUUUGAUUUUGAAAUAGUUUGAUCUUGUUUAAUUUUAAUAUUUGGCAUUUCCUAACCGCCUAACUAAAAAAAAUAUAUCCUCCCCCCCCCCCAAGGUUUCAGAUUAAAAAUUGGCUGCGGCUAUUCAGACCCGGGUAUCAGAAGUGUGGGGUUGGGUUUAUUAAAAAUAUUUUUGUAGUUAUAAGACAAAAUUUGGUAUCAAAUGAAUUGUAAUUGGACUAUAUUAUAUGUUUGUAAACUUACUUCUUAUAAACCUUAUUAUAAACUACCACAAAUGACACCCCGAAUAAUCGAAUAGGGACCCAGGUACACAUAGCUGCUAUUCGGACCAGGUCCCUUAGACUAUACUAGUAUUGUACAUGCUAGUGACUGUGAUUGUGAAUGGCUGCCCAUGACAACGUUUUGUACACAGCAUUUUAUGAUAAUAAUGAUAAUUUAUGUUAUAGACCACUUGGUUUUGAAACCUCAAAUUAAAAAAUUCUUGUUUAAAUACCUUCUAAGUUUACUCUGAAAUACAAGUUAUCAAAUAUUUUGAUGUGAAUAAUUCAUAAGAAUUGGCAUCUUACACCAUUAAAAAGGGGGUGGGGUCAAAAUGGGACAGGAUGACCUUAUGUUAAUGCAGGUUAUUAAGAUGAGUAUAACUAAACUAAUGGCCAACAUGUCCUAGCUCAAUGAGAAUUGGCACACUAUAAAAUGCAGAUGAAGAAUUAUUAUGAAAGACACAUAUUUGAACUUCUUACAAAAUUUUGUUGGGAAAGAAGCCUUACAUUUACCUAUGAAUUUCUUAUAUUGGGGUCGAUUAAAAAGGCAAAUAAAAUGGAAAUGCAGAUCGACAUGUUCACUAAUGUGACAAAAUAGUCCUUUCAUCAAUGAAAAAGUAGCAACAUUCAAAAAUUAAAAACUCUGAUUCUUCUGCGCAGAUUUCCCAUUCAAAUUUUUAAGUGGUCUCCUUUGCCUUAACAAAGUGCCUACAGUACUACCAGUACUUAUCAGUAUGUUUAAUGAAUACGACUCAAAUUUAUACAUUCUCUUUUGAACUAAGAUAUUUUGCUCUUUAUGGCAUGGGUCAGUGCAUCACAGGUGAGGCUCUUCUACAGGACAUCCCAAUUAAUCGUAAAGCAAUCUCGUUAUAUUGACUUUUAGGAUCCAACCUACCCCCAUUUCUCAGCUUGGGACACUCAGCUAGCAAGUCAGUAAAUGUCUCUGACACUUGGGUACAGUGUCGACAAGUCAGGUUCUUUAGAGAAUUUAGUCUAUAAAAUAGCUACAUGUAGGCAAUGUUCAGUUCUCAUCUAAGUCACAACACUCAACUGUCUGUGCUUUAGUUACCACCAAGGUUCUUUCUGUUCAGUCCAAUCAUGGUCUGGCAAAUCUUUUGUGUGGUAGUUCCUGUAACUCAACUGUUAAGCCACUCCCUUUUUGGGUCAUCGGCAGGCUAGGUUGUGUCUGGGCUGCCCCUAAUUAUUAUUAUUAUUAUUUUAAGUGGUUUUAUAUAGUGUGGUACCCCAGCAUAGGGCUGGGCUCACCACGCUGUACAUACAAUUUAACAAACAUAAUCAUAAAACUUAAAAACUUAAUUGACAUACAUUAAUUAAAUAAAACAAUACUAAUGUACAUUUAAAAUAUUUACAUGUCAAGCCAUGGAUGACACCCAGUAGCAUCGUUUUUUGGUCAGAGGUGGGAAUCAGUCAGGAUAGUAGAGUUUAAAAAGAUGUGUUUUGAGUGCAGUUUUGAAGGCUGUGAUGGUCGGUAUAUUGAGGAUGUGUAAUGGAAGAGAAUUCCAUUGCUUGGGGACACAGAAAGAGAACGAUCGUUCACCGUAUGUUUUUGUGCAAGUCUUGGGGACAGAAAGAAUAUGCGCAUCUGCGGAGGAGCAAAGCUGUCGAAGGGGUGAAUACACGGAGAGAAGUUCGGUUAGAUAGGAAGGGGAGGAAUUCGAGAAAAGUUGUGGCAUAGAAUAGAAAGUUUGUAAUCAAUCUGUGCUUGUACAGGGAGUCAAUCCAGUAGUGGUGUCACGUGAUCAUUUUUUUUUGCCUUUAGAAUUGCGCUGGAGCAUUGCUUGCUCAUUCCGAGUUAUGCCAAUGUGGCCUUAUAUUAAUGGUACUAAAAAGUACUUCAGCUAUAGACUGGAUUAGGCCUACUUACCAGGCCCCUAGGCCUAUUAUUGCCUCUUAAAAUAUAUCAACAUUAUAACAUAGUCUAAGCCUAUAGAUACUAAGAUAGGGCAGAGUAGGCCCUAUACUUUGGACAGUAGAAGUAUAACCAACUAAUUAUGUGUUUAGACCUAUUUAGUGGUAAAGGCCUAGGCUAGCUGAUAGGGCAAGGAAUGAUUUUAGAAUCUUUAAAAAUGCAAUAAGUACAGAUAUUCCUAAUUAUUAUAAUAUGCUGGCCAAUAUACCCUGUAUUUCCCGGGAUUGCAUUUGGAAAAAACUUCCACAGCCUUUUAGCUAACAUUGAAAUUAAGGAAGAGGCUUGUAAAAAAAACACAUCACUAAAUAACAUGUAAAAAAAAAAAAAUUCUCCUAGAUAAAAAAAAACACAUUGGUAACUUAUGUAAAUAUUUUGGUGAUAUUGUACGAUUUUAAGAGUUUGAGGGUAAACAGGUCUGCAUAUAUCAAUUAAAAUAAAAUAGAAGUAUAUACUUUAAUCUAGGCCUGCAACUUCAUUUAUGUAUAUAGCUUAGGCCAAUAAAUGAAAAUUAAUUACAAACUUUAAAGGAAUAUCUUUAAAUCAAUUUCAUUACAUUCAAGGAAACUCCUAAAAAUUUGUAGAAAAAUUAUAAGGUCAUUUGAGGAGCCCACUUACAAAAGGUACUAAGUCCAACCAAACUCAUUUUUCAGGAAAGUGAAUUUUGUGUUACAACUUAACUAGCAUUUUGAAGGUUACUCUACAUUUUCUAUUUAAAAUAAAGGCCUUCUGAACGUUAAGAUGAGAGAUUAAAAAUGUGUAUUUUAGGCAAUAGAUUAACAAAAGGGCACUAACUCAUUUUUUUUCAAAGAACGGGCUUAGUACCAUUUGCUCAUUUAUAAAAUUCCUAAAACUGUUGUAGAAAAAAUAGUAGAUUAAAAAAUAAGCCUGAAACUUUACUUAUAAAAGGAUAAUUGACUAAUUGAUCCACAUACGUUUCUACAUGGAUAGAGAUGGAUCUUGGCAAACAAGCGCUUCAUUAUCCGGAAGGAAAUCCCAAUGUUUGAUUUAACAGUUUGUUUAGCCUUUAAAUGAUGGUUUUUGACUAGAUGCAUUGAAUAUAUUAAAUGAAACAGACUGAAAAAUGUCUAUACAUUUUUUUUGUACAGGGCCCUUGAUUUGCUGAAAAGCAGUCCUCAUCAAACAGUAGAUAUUUUUCUUAAAAUUUAUGUGGUGUUUCAAACAAUUUUUGUAAUUAUUUUUUUUAUGUCACAAGAGAAAAAAAGUUUCAUAAAUGCUGGUAUAUAAAUAUGUAUAGUACACUUAAAAUAUUGAAUGAAAUAUAGAAAACCUUUAAAACAAUUGUUAAGUUAUUCUGAAUGACAGGUGCUAGUCCCAAGGCAUAAUUAGUAAAUUAUGGCAGGGCAGUUAGUUACUAAUAGUAAUAGGCAUUGCAACAGUAAUAAUGUUCCAUUUCACCGCUUGACAAAAAAUAUAUUUGAUAUUCCGUUUUCAAUAUUUAUUAUUUAAUAAUUGUUCAUUUCUGUUUGAAUUGCUUCUUUUUUGUGUAUUGUUGAAUUGAAUGCUUCUUCUUUUUUUUUUUUUUUUAAUAUCUUCAAAGCUGUGAAAUGCCCAGAUGAAGAGCUCUCCAUUAGAAAUCGUGUCAUAGUGUCUGAAAAUGAACUGCCAAAUGUGAAGUAUGUAUUUUUUGUGUAUUGUUGAAUUGAAUGCUUCUUCUUUUUUUUUUUUUUUGAAGAUCUUCAAAGCUGUGAAAUGCCCAGAUGAAGAGCUCUCCAUUAGAAAUCGUGUCAUAGUGUCUGAAAAUGAACUGCCAAAUGUGAAGUAUGUAACUAUAGAAUGUUAAUUAGAAAUCUAUUGUAAAAAGAUUUCUGAAGACUGUUUCUUUGUUAGAGAUUUUAUUCAAAACCCAGCUGUGCACUCUUUUAGUGUAAUUUAAAAGACCAGAUGCUGACAAUUAACAGGGUUUUCCCUCAAAAUUCUAAACCAUGAGCACUAAGUAAUAGUAGAAACAGAGGGAUCCUUGACUGAAUACGCAUUGGGAAUUCUUCUUCUUAUUAUACAGUUUCCUAAGUUUUCUUUGAUCAGCAAAACCCACUUCUCUUAAUUAAUGUAUUCCAGGUCUAUGUGGUUAUAAGUGUCUAAUGUUGUGAUCACAAAUAUUAAAUGAAUCUAUUGCUUACACUUAUUUUAUAUAUCUUUCAGACAUGUGUCCAUUUCUUUAGCUGACAGUAGGAGGAACUUUGUUUUCACAAUACAGCAACAUUCCUCUAUGAAACGCCCAAAAGAAAUGGGGUUCAAUGCAGCACAUGUAUGUUAAAUGUUUUUUUUUUAAAUUUUAAGCUUUAUUAUUUUUUUUAAAGAUAAUUGAUGUCAUCUAUUAAAGCUUAUGAAAAUGCAUGAAGGUAAAAAAUCUCAAUUUAAGUAUGUUGUUUAUUCAUUUUGUUUUUUUAAGGAGAGUAGCACUAUAUUAUCAUGUUUUUAUAAAAUUAUAAUACAAUUAAAGAUGAAGAUGAAAUUAAAGUCAAAAGAAGUUGAUUUAUUAUUAUUUACUUUUAUUGUUAAAAGACUUGGUCAAAAUUCCACAGUUACAAAUGAUGCUACUACAUCUCUUUUGUUCUCAAUUUUUGCUUGGUCUACUGUGCAUUAAAAUUUUAAUACAAUGCUCCCUCUCUCCCUAAUCCCUGCCUCCCUCCCUCCCUGAUUAUUCCUAUAUCUUUGCCUAGUAUCCUUCACUCUAUUUCUAUAGAUCCAUUCAUUGCACCUACCCCUUUCUUUAUUUUUGCACAUCAUACUCCCAACCAAUAACAUCUAUCAAGAGAGCUCCUUUUUCUUCAUGCCACUUUCCAACUCUACUCUGUGUUACACCACCAUUCAAGAAUCUCCAAGAAUCACCUACUCAAGCACGUUGAUUUCUGGGUCACUAUAUAAAAUGCUAUGAUUUACAAGCAACAUUCUUCCAAGAGUACAUCCUCCUUGCCUUGUAAGAUUUUGAACAGCCAUGUACACUGUUUGUUUCCCUAGCGUAAGUGGGCAGAUAUCAUGUUGGGUGCUGAAUUGAAAGUUCAACCUUACACCUUCAACCCAAAAACAGAAAGCAUAAGUACCAUCACUAUUGAGGCUGAUUUCUUUUCCAAAAAAGGGUAAGUUUAUAUUUAGUGUUUUGACUUUUAAUACAUGAAAUGUCCACAUUUACGAUUACUGGUUCAGCUGUAGAUACUUGUGACCAGCUUUGCUUCAGAUCUUAGUUACCUAGGUGGAAGGAAGUUUAAUAGUGUGUAGAAAAGUUUUUUUUAUGUCAGCUAUAAUCAUAUAUGAUAUUAUCUAGUGACAUAUAAUGAUAAAUAGUAACCAAUGAGACUUUGUAAGCCCAGAAGCUAGCACAACAGAGACACUUUAAAAAGAAAACAAUUCUCAGAUACAUUUUUUUUAUCUUUUGUAAUGUGGAGUUCUUUUAAUACUGUUCACAAUGGCUUCCAAAAAUAAGCACACUGUUUGUGACAAGGUAUUUAAAACAUAUCAGCUGUAUUAAGCUAAAUAGUUUGCUUUUCAUUAUAUAUGGUUAAUAAUAUACUGUAAUCUAAAAGGUUCUUAAAAACAAAAUUUUAACCCAUAAAUAAAUUAUAAAUUUUUGAAGUCUUUACGGUAUUACUUUAACUUUUACAUUGAUAGUGGAAUUCUGUUUUACUAUUUUUUUUCCUUUUAUUUUUUUUCUUAAAAAUUUACAACUAGUUAAAAUUCUUUUACAGAAUAUAUUUCAUUUAAUAUCAGAGAAAUUGUGCACUAUCAAAAAGUAAUUUUAGUUUAAUCUGACAACAAAGUGCUUAUGUAAUGUGGGGAAAUUGUUGCACAUCUCAAAAAUGAAUCUUAAAAGGAGUGUAUCUUAAUGCUUUAACACCUGUUUACAUGUUUGGAUUGGGGCAGCUCACCAUUAUUAAUCUUUUUCUUUCUUUUUUUUUUUUUUUUUUUUUUUUUUUUUUUUUGUCUUUUUUUUUUUUUGCCACAUAUGAUUUUAAAUAACCAAACAACAUUUAAAGAUUGCUUCAGUAUAUAUUACAAAUGAAGUAUUUUUCUUUUUUUUUUUGACAGCCAACAAUCUACAACUCUUGAUAGUGAAAAAAUGGCAGAAGAGUUCUCCCAAGAAUUUACCUAUGUAGCUUUUACAUAAGAGAAACAAUUGGCUUUCAGAUAUGACAAGAAGUUUUAUUCAGCAAAUUGCCACAUAUUAUUUUAAAUAACCAAACACCAUUUAAAGAUUGCUUCAGUAUAUAUUACAAAUGAAGUAUUUUUCUUUUUUUUUUUGACAGCCAACAAUCUACAACUCUUGAUAGUGACAAAAUGGCAGAAGAGUUCUCCCAAGAAUUUACCUAUGUAGCUUUUACAGAAGAGCAACAAUUGGCUUUCAGAUAUGACAAGAAGUUGUAUUCAGCAAAAGUGAAGAAUAUUCAAGGUUAUUUGUAGCUUCUGAAUGUAGCCAGGCUUGGGUACCGGGCUAUAUAAAACCACUAAUAAUAGCUAUGCGUGUUCAUCUUAACAGAUCACAUUCUGUUACUUUAACCUUUCUCUAUACUGAUACCACUGUUACUAUUAUUGCUUGUCAUGACCUGAGUGGAUAUCUUAGUGCAUUUCAAAUAAGGGUUAACUACUAAUUAUUUCUCACAUGCCACUGUACCAACGCAAAGUCAAAGUCUUCACAUAUAAAUUCUUUCUUUAUUUACAUUUCACAGAAUAAUAUUCACAUAUGACAAAUAUUGGAAUGAUGAUUUAAAAUAGUUUGUGAUUCAUCCAUUUCUCUUCAGAAUAUAACAUGUGAAGUCACUUUCGCAUUGUAUACUUCUUUAUUACUCAAAUGAGAUAAAAUCUUCAUAACUUCUUUCCAAUCCAUUACAAUAUGGCUGCUCAACUAGUUCCUCACCCUCUAUAAUUAUAUACUGCUACAUGUAUCACUACACUGACGUGAAAUAGUGCUUUCUACUCAGCAGUAAAUGAACAUCAAAUAUCAUUAUGUUACAGUUAAUUAUCAUGUUCCACACAUCACAUAGCAAUAUUUUCUCAUUUCUUUUACUUCUUGCUAAAAAUAAAAUCACUGUCCUUUUACUUGGCCUUAAACUUGGGUGGGUGAGGGUUGUGGGUAAAUACAGAGUUUACAUUUUAUAAAUUUUUUUUAUAUUUCAUGUUUAUAAAUUGACUUAUCUUCCUAACCAGUUCUUGACUUGACAAAGGUUGAUACUAAAGGAAACUUGUCUGGUAUUCCAAAGCCUGUAAGUUUUACUGUUGUAGCAACUGAGAUACAAAUUAUUGAAAUCAAGACGAAGCUCAAAGAGGACCUUUCAAUAACAAGUGCAAUCAUGAAAUAGACCAAUUAAAAACCCAUCAUACGGAAAAAAAAUUUUCUUGGGGCAUUUCUAAAAAUAAAUUUACAAAAUCAAAUUACACCUGAUUGUAAGUUUGCCUGAUGAAAUAAAAUAAGUGUCAAUGCUAUUAAUAAACACAGGGUCAAGAAUUGUUGAUUUUUAUAGGUGUUUCAAAUUUGUUGCAUAAGUAAAGUAUAACAAAAAUUAAGCAGUUUUACAUCAUUAACAUUUGUUUUUCUUUCAGUCUCGCCUUGGCUUUCUGGCGCCAAACUCUGUCAUAAUCUUUGAGAAAGCUGAAGGUUCUCUUCUUAGUUUUAUCGGCAAAUCUAAAGGGUAUGAAUGACUUAUAACAAAAUUAAGUGCAUAAACCUAUUUUAAGUAGAACAAUUGAAAAUUUCCAUUUAUCUUUAAAAAAAAUUGAAAAUGGGGGAUUGAAACCAUCAAGAAUAAAUUGUGAUCUUAAUGAUGUAUUAAUCUGAUAUAUUGAAACUAAAUUAAUAAAUAUAGAGUAUUUAACAUAUUUUACAGGCCUUGUUGCUUGUCAAAUUAGAUAUUCUUCCUAUACUUGAAUGUGUUGCCUAACAUCUAUUUCAGAAAAAUGUCACACACUUCCAUCAUCAACCCAGAUUGGGACUUCACUAAGUUGGGCAUUGGAGGUCUGGAUGAUGAAUUUAGUGGAAUCUUUAGGCGAGCUUUUGCCUCGAGGGUCUUCCCACCAGAGGUUAUUGAACAGUUAGGUAGGUGGUUAGUCCAGAUUUUUAAAUUAAUUAAAUCUAUGUCACUUUCAAUACUGAGGGAUUUGGACAGCAAUUCAGAAGUGUAAAAAUCACGAUUUACUAUGUCUUGUACAAUAAAAAAAAAAUUAAUUGAAUUUUCAAUUUGAUCACCAGGCAUGAAACAUGUUAGGGGCAUUUUGCUGUAUGGCCCACCUGGUACAGGCAAGACUCUUAUGGCAAGGUAAUAAAUUUUAGUGCUGUACACCUGUUCAAUAAAUUACCUAAUAAAUGUAUAAUAUCCAGCUGGAAAAAAAAUUCUGAUUGACAUAUGAAAAGAAAACUUUAUAGUAUAUAAAAGAAACUAAGAUUACUUUUUUUUUUUUUUUAAAUCCUAAAUUAUAAUUUCAGUAAUUUUUUUCCUCUUUCCGUGAAUCUCUUUUUUUACUUAAAGACAAAUUGGCAAGAUGUUAAAUGCAAGAGAACCCCAAAUUGUUAACGGUCCUCAGAUUCUGGACAAAUAUGUUGGAGAAUCAGAGGCAAACAUCAGGAAACUGUUUGCUGCUGCUGAAGAAGAAGAGAAAAGGGUAAUUUGUAACUUUUUAGUUCAAUAUUUUAAUGAUAUCUUACAAGUGGAUAAAAUAGACAAGCUUUGUAAAUAUGUCAUAGCACUUGCUGGUUAAAAAAUAGCUUCUCCAUUGAGUGAUUUAUGAUGUAAAUUUAAUACCGUAGUUAUUAUUAAUUUAGACCUUCAAUCGGUUUUAGUAAUGUUAACAUUGGUUUUAAAUAUAUUAAAUUUGCUAAAAUAUUAUGGAACUACGAUAACAUUCAAUUUCAUGUGCAUUUAUAUAAAUGCAUUGGACACAACACUGAUGCUAUAAUUUAAGUGACCUAUUAACUUGUGAAAUGCUUUAACAUUUAAUAUACCAGUGGUUAAAAUAUUAAAUAUUAUUAUGAUCUUUAUCCCCAUGCACAUAUUAAUGUUCUUAUUGGAUCAUGUCAGAUUUAAAGAAUCAGAACUUGUAAAUAUUACCCAGGAGUUACAAGCUGUAAAGUAAAAGAUACUCAGAUGAUCUUUACUCAUUAAUAUCAUUAUCUUACUUUCAAUGACUCUCAAUCUAACUUUUAUUCUCUUUUAUCAGUGUGGCCCAGCCAGUGGACUGCACAUCAUUAUAUUUGAUGAAAUAGAUGCCAUCUGUAAGGCCAGAGGCUCUGUGGUAAGAACAUGCAGUGUUGAUGUUUUGUAAGAGAGGGUGAAGUUGGGUGGAGGGGGGAUAUAGAGAAAGAGAAAAAAGGUUGGGGGGGGGGCUUUUACCCGGUACUUAUACCACCUUCAACACUCCUUUGCCCUUCCUGGUGACAUCACACCAACCCUACUGAUUGUGAUAUAGAACAUGCAGUGUUGAUGUUUUGUAAGAGAGGGUGAAGUUGGGUGGAGGGGGGAUAUAGAGAAAGAGAAAAAAGGUUGGGGGGGGGGGGAUUUUACCCGGUACUUAUACCACCUUCAACACUCCUUUGCCAUUCCUGGUGACAUCACAACAAACCUACUGAUUGUGAUAUGUCGAAGGGUUAGAUGAGUUUUUGAUAUUUCAAUUUUUGUAGCAAUUCCUUAAUCCUUUGAAUUUUAGGCUGGUAACUCUGCUGUCCAUGAUACAGUGGUCAAUCAGUUGCUCACCAAACUUGAUGGUGUGGAGCAGCUAAAUAAUAUUCUUGUCAUUGGUGAGUUUCUAUUCAAGUCAUCUAUUGCGGAGAACUUUUUUAAAAUUUAUUUGCGGUGUUUCCAACAAAUUUUUUUGCAAAAAGUAUUUUUAUUUAUGAAUAAAAAGGUGAUUAAAAACAGUGAAUUAAAUUCUUCUGUUCUCUCUAUAUGGUCUUAUUUUAUUGAUAUUUAUUAGCUAAAUAAAAAAACUUAAAAGCAUCAAAACUAUUUUUUUAAAUUCCAUUUUAGAGUAUCAAUAGAAAUUUAGCUAAAAAAAUAUUUAUCAAUUUUAUUUCAUAUCGAUUUAGUUAAUAUCUUCAUCUUUUGGUAUUUUUGUGUUUUGAAGGGUCAUGGAUGGUGGUGGCUUCAUAUCAACACAUUAUCUCAUUACAGUGUACUUGCUUUCCAGGUAUGACCAACAGGAAGGACAUGAUUGAUGAAGCUUUAACCAGGCCAGGUCGACUUGAGGUCCAGAUGGAGAUAGGGCUGCCUGAUGAGCAUGGCCGCACCCAAAUUCUCAAUAUUCACACUGAGACCAUGAGAAACAACAAUAAAAUGGCCUCUGAUGUCAACAUUGCCGAGCUGGCCAGUGUGACCAAAAACUUCAGUGGUGCUGAGAUCGAGGGUUUAGUUAGGGCCGCCCAGUCCACGGCCAUGAACAGGUUGAUAAAGGUGGCACAUGCUUUAAAUCCAUUUGAUUCAUAAUUUUGUUAAUAGAAUUUUCAUUUGUUUUUUUUGUUUUUUUUACAGCUUAUAACCUAUUUGAUCAUUGUUUAUUUUAUUGAAAUGUUUUAAUGGCUCUUACACAUUUAAUUUUAUUGUACUUCUGCUUUAUUGUUUCAUAAAAAAAUUGUUAAGAUAAAUAAAAUUAAAAUUCUGGUUGAGUCUACUUUAAAAUAUUUGAGCAGUCCAGCUCUUGUGCUAAUUUGAGUAUUUUUUUCAAAAUGAAAAUGCCACUUAGUAAAUUGUGUCUGUAAUGGCUAUUUUAUUCAAUCAUCAACAGGCAACAUCUAAAGUUGAGGUUGAUACAGAAGCCAUUGAGAAACUGAAGAUCACCAGGGCUGAUUUUUUACAUGCCCUUCAGCAUGAUAUCAAACCUGUAAGAUUAAUGAAUGAUAUUUGUUUAAAUUUGAAAACUGCAACAUUAUUUUAAUCUUCGAUUUCAUUCUAGUUGGUUGCUCAACCAAAUAGUCCAAUACAACUGUAAGCAUUUAUGGAUAUGCAAGAAUCUAGAUACAGAGGCCAAUGUUCAGUUGCUGUGAUUAAUUUAUGCAACAAUAAAUAUCACAAAUUCUUUAAUCUGGUUUUUUUAUAUUUAUAUUUCUUUGUCAUCUUUUAGGCUUUUGGCAGCAGUAAGGAAGAACUUGAUGUAUUCCUUGGCCAGGGUAUACUGGUCUGGGGAGACCCUGUUCACAGAGUGCUGACUGAUGGAGAGUUGGUUGUGUCACAGAUAAAAAAUAGUGACCAGAUAUCCCUUAUGACCAUGCUCUUAGAAGGUACCUUAGCAUCUAUGAGCCUACCAUGCAUUUGUCGACCAUGAGUAACACCAUUAAGCUUUAUAGUUCCUGCUUAUUGAAUUCCUUGUUUUACCUGUUACUUUAAGACAUAACAUAUUAAUUGCUGUAUUUUAUGCAGGUCCCCCUGGCACUGGUAAAACUGCCCUUGCAGCUAAGAUUUCAAAGGAUUCUGAUCUUCCAUUCCUGAAGUUGUGCUCACCAGAAAACAUGAUUGGCUACACAGAAGCUGCUAAGUGCCAGGUCAUCAAGAAGGUAUGUUAAAUCUGAACAAUUCUAAUAACACAUUUGUGCAUGCCUUUUUGAAAUUCAUUCUUCCUGCUUAAAUUCAGAAUUUAGUAAGGUACUUGAGCAAGAAGACUGUCUUAUAUAAUUAAUUAAAAAUAUAUAUAAGCAUUUUAAAAACAAAAAGUAGGCCAUUAUGAAAACAAUAAAAUACUUGUAAAUGGAAUCAUCUGAGUGCAUAAUUCAAAAGUCAGGUGGUAUUCAGUUACAAAUAAUUUUACCACACAUUUCUUUCUUUGAAAUAGAUUUUUGACGAUGCCUAUAAGUCUCCUCUCAGCUGUAUUAUCAUUGAUGAUAUUGAAAGAUUGUUGGGUAAGACACUGCAAAAUGUGUGGAACUUUAAUAAUUGUAUUGAAUAAUUUUGUCUACAUUCUUUUUAAAUUUGUGUAGGUUGUAUUUUCAAUACACAAUUAUGGGUGUUGUUUAUAUUUUCCAAGUUAAUAAAUAGUGGAACAAUAUAUGUUUGGGCUUGAAAAAAAAGACAGGGUAAUUAAAAGGCUGUUUCGGUUAAAUGCCUCUUCAGUGGACAACACAAAACAAGAAAUUUAAAAAUAAAUGAUAAAAAAUCUAUAAUUUAACUCAUUCCCUCCGGCAGCGCUGCUUCCGGACUUAAUUUAUUUUCCUGAGAAAAGGGAAGCAACUCAGUUUUGAAAUUGAUUUAUAUUUUUAAAAUAUUUUUUUAAGUUGCUAAAUAUUAUUUAAUGUUAAUGAAUUAAGAACAAAUGCAACAAAAAAUGAAUAAGGUUUAAUAUAAAUAUAACAUUAGCGGGGGGAAAAUAACGAACAAUGGCCAAAAAAUCGAUUUUCGGCACCUCGGACGAACACAUGGUACAUAUAGACGCGCCGUACUAAAGCACACGUAGUUUUAAAGUGAAACAAGAUAAAAACUUCCGGUUUCUAAAUUAAAAUCACGCAGAAAUGAAAUCACGCCAUAGCCGGAAGUCUCGAGGGGUGCGAGAUUUCAUUGCUAUUUUUAACUAAAAAUAAGAGAGGUGUGUCGCUAUGCGCCGGGACGCAUUUGGACGCAUCAGGAGGAACCCCCCGAGGACGCAUUUAGUCGCAACCGUCGGGAAUGAAUUAACUAUUUUUUUUUAAUUUAUGAAUGCAUUUUUAAAAAGUAGGAUAAUAAUUAAUACAAUUUUGGUAAAAUUGAUUGAAAUUUUGUAUUGUUUUUGUAAAAAUGGAUACAAUAAUAUUUUGAUUUAGGUUUCAAUACUUAUUAUUUUAUUUUGCUUCUACCAUUUUGUUUGUGGUAUCUUGACGCUUUUUUAAAAAUUUAGUCAACAAAAAGCUUAAGCUUUUGGCCUGACCUAAAAAAUCAUAAUUAACCAUCUGAUAGUUGUAUCAAAUAAUAGAUAAUUCUAUUCUGAAUCCAAAGACAUAUUAAAACAUGCAAUUAAUGCUAUAUUCUUCAUUGAACAACCAACCAUAUUGUAAAGGUACCUAAUGUGAGAGAAUAAAUGGCAGACCACCAAGAAUAUUUGAGAGUUAAAUAAUACUUUUAAGAAGAUUUGUAAAUCAUAUUUGUGUGUAUGUCACAAACUUAAUACUUUUUUCUCCCUUUAAAAACUCAUGGUAACAUAUCAUAUUUUUGUGGAGACAGCCUUUUUGUUUCAGAUAUUCCCUUUUUUAUUUGAUCAUUGUCACAAAGUUGUAAUUUUUUUAAAAUGUUUUCUUUCAGAUUAUGUGCCAGUUGGUCCUCGUUUCUCUAAUCUUGUGCUGCAGGCUAUGCUUGUGUUGCUGAAGAAAAACCCACCUAAGGUUUGGUAGAAUAAUAUCACAACAUAGGAAUGCUUAUUUCACUAAAAUAAAAUUAUAUCAAUAGUGUUUGUUUCUCAUACUACACAAAAACAAAUCAUUACAUAUUUUCAAUUGAUGUGUAUUUACAUAAAAUUUCUGUAUUAGCAAAUUUAGAUAACAAAUACAUUUUUAAAAAUAUAAAAAUCGAUUUAAAACGUUACUUUUUACAUUUUUAUUAAUAUUAAUGUAUAUAAAUUGUACAAGUUGUGUUGAAAAAUGAAUUAAAUGUAAAUAUUUUUUUAUACAGGGUCAUAAGCUUCUCAUAAUUGGCACCACAUCACGGAGAGAUGUGCUCCAAGAUUUUGAAAUGCUUUCCCUGUUCAAGACUGUGGCCCAUGUUAGUGCCAUAUCGACGAGUGAUCAACUUAUCAAAGUACUCAAUGAUUGCGAAGUUUUCAGUGAUCAGGAGAUAAAAGACAUACAACAUAGAACUACUGGAAAACAGUAAGUGAAUUAUUUUAAAUUUUUAUCCAUAAAGAGACUCCCUCCUAAAAUGGCGUUCUAGUAUUGAACUGAAAGGAAACACAUUUCCUUACUUCAUAUGAUAAUUAUCAUGAAUUUCAUGUAGGUCUUGUUACAAAAGAACUAAAGUUAAUCGUGUAUUCUCAUAGAGUCAAACAUAUGUUUUAUUUAAUUCAUGCUUAGAUAUAAAAUUGUCAUUGCAUGAAAGAUUACAGCGAUUGAUGAGAUAUACCGUAUAUUACCUUGUAUAAUGCGAGAAGUUUUGGGUAAAAAUGCUGCUUAAAACUAUGGGUUUGCAUUAUACAAGCAUGCGAGAAAAAGUGAAUACUGUUAAACUAUAUAUACUAAUGCCUUUGCAAACAUUUCUGCUUUGCCAAUUUGCAUUCUCCGAAGAUUGUGCAUCGUAUCUGCUCAUAACACAAAGUAAUGAAAGUAAUGCCACUUUGUCUGGAUAUUAGCAAAGCUGUAUCGGUAUGACAACUCAUUUAAAUGUUAUAAUAGUUUUUAUGAUUUUGACACUUUUCUUAUAGAUAAAUAUUUAUUUUGUUCAUAGUUAUUGUAUAAUUAUUAUGGAACAAUAUUAACAGAUCACAUUUUACAUGGACAUGGCAUUUUGUAGCUUUUUUUUUUUUUCUUCUUUUUUUCCAAACAAAAGUUUGAGGUUUGCAUUACAUGGGGAUCAGGUUCUACAAGAUAUAUCACUUGGAACCAUGAAAUGUCAAGUCCUGCAAUAUAAUAGCCAAAUUUAUAUUGUUCAAAUUAAAUGGGUUAUUUUUUUUAUUUUUUUUUUUCAGUUUGUUUAUUGGAAUCAAGACCCUCAUCACACUGAUAGACAUGGCCAGACAGGUACUUAAGGUUUUUCAACAAUUAUUUUUCUAAACGAUUAGAGAGUUUGAAAAGAACUAAAUUGAUUUACGUUAACAAUUACACACAUCAAAAUGGGAAUAAAUGUUUGAAAAUCAUUUGUUAAUGAUAGCAGGAUUAAUCUAACAUUUAAAACUCAAAGUUGUUAUUUUAUCAAAUGUAUUACUUUUCUAAUGAUGAGUCAAGCAUUCUUUUGUUUUGAAGUUGAUUGGGAAUCACAGGUUUCAUGUACUGUCAUCAUCAGUGGCGCUAAAGCCUGCGAAGGGUUCUGCACUACAACAUCAUUCCAUUCUGACCGAUCUAUGGCUUUUGUCUCAUUAUCAAAUAUGGUUGUCCUAAAGGUGGCUGCCCCUUUGGUUUCUGGUGUUACAUCCCCUUUACACUUCUGUUAUUUGUCAUUCUAUCAAGAUGCUCCAUCCAGUGCAGUCUCUACUACUACUUCUAUUGUUAAGCUGUUGUAGCUCUUGCUUAGUGGAUAUUUUCAACCAUCAUUAAUGAGUGUGUGAGACACUUGCAAAGUUUAGAUGGUUAGCCAUUGCUCACUCAGUUCUUUAUUUAUCAACACAUUUUUAUACAAUAACUUUUUAACACAAAAUCAUACCUUUAAAAAAAUGUUAAACCCUUUUCUUACCACAGAUGGAACCUGGGGAGAGAGCUGACAGACUAAGUCACCUGUUAGAAGACCUAGGGGCCAUUGACUUUAAUUAACGCUAAAGCAUUACCUUUUUCUCUUUAAUCAAUGUUAUUUAGCAUUUUCUCUUAUAACUGUGACUUCAUAGUAUUUUUGUGAUGUUGGUGUUUAGACCAGCAUUUUUUAAAUGGUAUUUUUAGUGAAGUUUAGCUCUGACCAUUGUAGCUUUGAUGAUAGCCUUAACGUGGCUGUAACUGGCUUGUAGCUGUCAGGCCUCAGGGACUUCAUAGAAUAUUCAAAAUGUUAAAAAUAAAUUACCCCCACACUGACUAUGAUGUGCGCACAUAUUGCUACAUGAGUGGAACACACUAAGGUUUAUUUUGGGAUUGAAUAUGUUGCAUGGGACAUAGUCAUAGUCUGUUGCUCAUUUCCCUUAUCAGAAACAAGACCUAAUUCCAAUCAAAUUGAAUGUAUAAGAAAGGGUAAAUGUAAUAACAAUUAUUUUGAAUUAUAAUAAUCUCAUGCUCUAUUAAUAAACUGUUUAACAGCAGGGAAAUAAAAACAAACUUAUGCAUAUUGCUACCAAGUGAUUUAUUAAAUUAUACACUUACUAAUGUUUCAACAGGUCUAAGUCUAUGAAUUAGCACUUUAAUCUUAUCUUUUGGCUUGUACUGUUAUUCCAGUUAAGGUCAGUUUCACGAAUGAUUGACCAUGUUUCAGAAAUACUGAUGUCUGCAUUCGGUGGAUUAAAAGUUGUAUGAUUGUUAUUCAUUUAUGGUUCACUGGGAUUAUAUUUUACUCAGUUGCAAUAUUGAAAUAGUGAUAUUAGGAACAAGACAACGCAAUCAAAUGUUCUGGAGAGUUUGCUGUAAGGUUGAGUAAGAAUAGUAAGACGUGCUGCUCAUGAUUUCAACAUUUUCUCCAAUAUAAACAUAGUAAUUUACUGAGUACAUAUAGUUGAUACUUGUGUAAACAAUUGGUACUUUAUUCUUUCUGCUUUUCUUAUAGUAAGCUCUACUGCCAGUAAUAAGCUGUUAACAGUAGGGCUUUGUCUAAAAUUUAGUGUCUAAAAAUACAUGGAUAUUUAUAAAUAUAUAUUUUUUAUAAUACCAAUGUGUGUUUUUUUACUAGCCUCCACCCACUUAUGUACACAAACAUUGUUUUCUUCCUUCAGAUGUUUUUCACCAUAAAUGCAUUUCUUCCAAUUAAUUUUGAGAUAAUUGUGAUAAUUUUGUUUUUAAAUUAUAAAUAUUUCAAUACCAUAUAUUUGUGAAAAAAGCUCUUAAAUAUAUAUUGCAGAAAAAUAUUCUCAUAAUGACCUUAUUGUUUUCACUAAUUUCAUGUAAGAAUCAAUAUUGUUUAUGUUUUUGCACAUUCUGUGAACAGCUCUGUAAUAGAAAUCAAGGGGUCAUGAGUUAAAAAAUAUCAGAAAUUCAUAUAAGGGAAUUAUUUCAAUUUAAAUUAGUAUGCAAUAAUUGAAUUACAUCUUAACAUAUGCAAAAUGAUAAUUUUUAUUUAAAUGCUUAAUUGAAGAAAAACAAUGUUGUAAUAAGAUUUUUUAAAUUUUAUUGUUUGGCAACUCCACAUCUGUAACAAGACAUGGGCAAAUGCUGCAUCCUUAAAUGGUUCUAAAAUGUUUUGUGGGAUCUGGAAAUUGUUGCCAUGAUGAUGAAUAAUAACAAAUUGUAAACAUUAUGGUCUAGAUUGUAAUAUUGUCUGGUCUAUAGUCUAGUAUUUUUAACCUCUACUUGAUGUGAAUGUGUCAACUGUUAGUAUAUACAAGUUACAGAAAUUACCCUUGACAAGUUCUGUUUUAUCACAUUCCUUAAUUUGUGCUCUUUGUAAAAUCUAAAUGUGAUAAGUCUAGUUACUAGGUAUGCUAAACAAAUUAAGUUACAAAAUGCUUGCAAUAAGACAAUAAUUUUAUUAUUUAUGUUUAAAUAUUUUACAAGUAUGAAUAAAAAAAAAAGUUAAAUAGAUUAUCAUUUAUUCGACCGUAUCAUUGAACAUCCCUUAUUCAGCUUUAACAUGGGGUAAGGGUGAUAACUGCAGUGUUGUGGGAGUACAUUUAGAACUAUUGAUCACAGAAACAUAGGCAGGGUAGCCAAAUGUCAGUAAAUUUACCGACAGUCUGAAAAAAAUUUGACCUUAAAUCCAUAUGAAUUUUAGGAUGUCUAUAAAAAAUUAGAUUGGACAAACGUAUUUUGAAGUGAAACAAAACAGGAUAAGUCAAUGUUUGAUUUCUACAUGGUUGUUUUAAACUUGAUUGAUCAUAAUGAAAUGAAAUUCAACACUGAUGAGAAUGCUACACAUUCCUUAAAAAUUGUAGAGCAUGCAGCCCCGAUAGCAUCCACUUUACUUUGCAGCCAAAGAAAUAAUGAAAUAUUCUUUAUUCUUAUUCUUUACAAAAUAGCUUCCCCCCCCCCCCCCCCCUGUCCUAUUUUCUCUUGGACCUGCACAAGUCCAGUCCAAUUUUGUUUUGGCACGAACAAGUCCUUCCCAAUUCUCUUUUGGCCGCACAAGUUUUUCAUAGAUUUAUAGAGUAUUAUGCCCCGCCUUACAUUUUGAGUUGUGCAGGCCUGCUUUAGAUGAACCAGAAUUGAGAAUAAAUAAUUGUUUUUUCAUAGAUAAUAGUUUCUUUCAUAACUCCCUCUUUGUUUUGUCUAUAUCUUAAAUUGUUUUUUGUUUUUGUAUACAUUUCCAAUUAAUUUGUUCCUGUGCCACAUGUUUAUAUUUGUUCUAUGUAUAUCCUGUCACUUAUACUAUUUUCAGAAGGUUCGCAUUCUUGUUUGCAAUUAAAUAUAUAGGGAAUUUUUUUUUUUUUUAACUGAUGCACUAAUUUAACUUAAUGAAUUAAAAUGUGGACCAAAUCUGUACUUCACUGUGCAAUAUAGUUUUUAUUGAUAGAAAUACAUUGUUGUCAAUUAAAGGAUACAAUUUCAAAU